UGAGAGACGGUGGUUCCCAAAGUCUAGUGUGCGUCGAGCGGAUAUGGAGAAAAUGUAACGUUGCCGCGGUAGCCUCCUAACCUCCGAUAUGAAGACAAGUAAUGCAUAGUAUUGGCCUUGAUUGGACAACAAAAUAACAACAACCAACAGUGCAAGGAUUGGCUCCCCGACAUCAGCGUAGCGCCGUGCAGUGAGUCGGACAUUGAGCCUCUCCCAGGUGGGUUGGCAUGGCCCAGUGAUGAACAGUGCGGCAGUGCCCGGCAGCCCGGAGUUCUCCUCAUGCCCACUGCCCGACUGGCGAGAGUUCUGCGAGCUCCAUGCCCGUGCCUCCGCCGCCGACUUUGCCCACAAGUUCCACCGCUUCUUGUCAGAGAACCCGUGCUACGACUCCCCGGGCGCCGACAGCAGCUUCUCGCAGCACUUCGCCAGACACUUCCUGGAGUGUUUCUCUGCUGCUGUUACCCAGGCCAGGGACCACCAGGCCUCGCUCUUGCCAGGGGACGACGACUCCAACGCUCCCCCCAAAUACAGCAUUGUUCCCUUCCUGGGCAUCCAGGGCUGCCCCUUGUCCUACGGACACAACGACCUCUACCAGCGGCGCAAGGAAGCCGGUGCCUCCAGCGAGUCCCUGGACAGUAUGGACAGUGGAGGUUUAGGACUAGAAGGGAUAGGCAGUUCCUCCUCCAUGGCUAUGGCCACCUCCCGCAUCCCCCAGCCCGCCCACAAGCCCUCUGCUCUGGGCCAGUCACGCAGCUCAGAGGACGUGUCAGUGGAACACCCCAAGGCCCGCUUCAAGAAGGGAUUCUCUCUGAGGAACAUGAGUCUGUGUGUGGUGGACGGGGUAAAGGAGAUCUGGCACCGCCACGCCUCCCCUGAACCAGAGCCUGUCGGAGGGUCCGGAGGGGUCAGACGGGCCAACGGAGGAGGAGGGGAGCAUGGGGGGGAGAGAUGGUCCCAGAGACUGCGUCUUCCCAGGGGGUCUCAGGGGCACAAGGCUGAGCUGCUGGAGAUCCAGAGAGAGGGGGCUCUGCGUUACAUGGUAGCUGAUGAUACUAACUGUAUAGGGGUGCCUCAGUGGCAGAAGUGUAGGUUGCUGCUGAGGAAGACCAGGAGGGACGAAGGGGGUGACAAGUUCCUGUUGGAGUUCUAUGUGCCACCCAAGUCGUCAAAGCCCAAGGUGAGCAUCCCUCUGUCUGCCAUCGUGGAGGUGAGGACCACCAUGCCCCUGGAGAUGCCUGACAAAGACAAUACCUUCGUCCUGAAGGUGGAAAAUGGAGGUGAAUAUAUCCUGGAGACCAUCGACUCGCUGCAGAAAACCUCCUGGGUUGCUGACAUCCAGGACUGCAUGGACCCUGGGGACAGUGGAGAUGACAUUGAGCUGGCGUCAUGUCCCCACGGCCAGGCGUCUAAAGAGUUCUCCAUGGUGUCCUCCUGCAGCUGUGAGCUUCUGUCAGAGGGUGUUCAUCGUACCCCUGAGAGAUCCUGUGGAUCAGCAACAACAGAACUGUAUAGCGCCCCCUCUGUCCGCUGCAGAGAACUACCCUUCACCCAGCACCCUUCCCAUGUCCCCCUGGAGCGCUUCCUCCAGCCCCCAGAGGCCCAGGGGAAAAGCCCCACAGCAGAGGCCACGUCAGAGGCCACGUCAGAGGCCACGUCAGAGGCCACGUCAGAGGCCACGUCAGAGGCCACGUCAGAGGCCACGUCAGAGGCCACGUCAGAGGCCACAUGUCUCGUUCCAUUCGCCAGGGUUCUAGGUGACGGGGCGACUGAGGCGGAGGCGGACCCCAGCCUGGCCGAGUACCCAUGGUUCCACGGGACAUUGUCACGCGUGCGUGCUGCCCAACUGGUGCUGGCGGGCGGAGCUAGGAGCCACGGGCUGUUUGUGAUUCGCCAAAGUGAGACGCGCCCGGGAGAGUACGUCCUCACCUUUAACUUCCAGGGCAAAGCUAAGCACCUGCGUCUGUCGGUGAAUGGUAACGGCCAGUGUCAUGUUCAUCAUCUGUGGUUCCACACCGUGUCAGAUAUGCUCAGGCAUUUCCAUGCCCACCCCAUCCCUCUGGAGUCAGGGGGCUCCGCUGACAUCACACUGCGUUCCUACGUACAAGUACAGGUUACCCCCACAGAUGUGACCGUGCCUCAGCUCCCCACCCCACCCAGGGACCAAGGCUGCUGGACUGACCCAACCCAGCCAACCCUUCACCUCCCUGGGUUCUCGCAGCCGGCAGGACCCCCCUCCGACACCCCGAUCUCAUCCAGCUCCUCAUCCUCGCCCAUCGCCCUUCCUUCCCUCUCCCGUGGUGAGCCAGGCAGCGGAGGAGGAGGAGGCGAGGGGCUGGUUAGCAGGAGCAACAGCUCAGAACGUCUGCUAGAUCCCUCUAGUGGUGCCUCGGAGGACUACCAAGAGACAGACGGAACACGCAGGGCCAGAGCUGUGGAGAACCAGUACUCCUUCUACUGA